AUGAGACAAAAGGUGAAACUUGCAUUUAUCUCCAAUGGUGCGGCAAGGAAGGCAACCUACAACAAACGAAAGAAGGGUAUCAUAAAGAAGGUGAGUGAACUCUCAACUCUCUGUGGAGUUUCUGCUUGUGCUAUUAUUUCAAAUCCUUUUAAUUCUCAAAUAGAGGUCUGGCCAGAUCGAGAGGGAGCAAAAAAGGUGAUUGAGAGGUAUCAUAAUUCAUCUGCUAAAGAUGAAACCAAGAAUUUGAACCAAGAGGGUUUAAUCAUGCAAAAUAUUGCUAAAGCUAGAGACCGGCUAAGAAAGUUGGAAAACAAGAAACCUGAGAAAAAGAUAGAUCUGCUUAUGCAUGAGUGCAUGCAAAACAAAAAUUUGGUGGACAACCUCACUGCUGAAGAAUUGAAAGAUUUGGAUGAGUUUAUUGAGAAGAAGCUGAAAGAGGAAGAUGAUAAGAUUAAUGCAAUUGAAACAUGA